GGCUUUCCUCACUUUACUGUUCGGAGUGGGGAUUCCGUCCAGCUGCCAUUUCCUCGAACGUCUCUCUCUGUCUUGCCUCCUCCGUUCUUCAUCUCUGAUUCAGUUAUGUCUUGCUUCUUCUCAAAUUCUUUCCUGUUCCUAUAGCUUGAGCCAAGCCGCCACAAGCUUUAGUGGCAGUAAUUAGCCGGCAGUUGUCCGUUUCACGUUGAAUUGGCCUGCAAAUCGCUUCUGGUCCCGCAAACAGUAUACUCCGUACGCACACGCAACUGAAACUCGAGCUCGACGAGCAUAACACCGCGGCAAACAUACACAAACAACAAAUAUUGAGUAGGCAAGGAGGCUUCACUGGAGCUUGAAAGUCAGUCUUUCGCAUGGUCAUCGAUGGUUCUUCACAUUGUCUGGCUCGGGGACUAUGUCUGAACCAGUGCAGGCGGGGGUCUCUCGAAAGACGUCCGAGCCAUGUCUCGACCGAAACUCCACGAGUACGCACCAUGACAUCGAGGAAAAUGUGGACCAGAGAAACCCGGAAUUCGAAGUCGACGGCGCUUUCGCUCCCAUCAACGGUCGCGUUACAUCACAUGAGAGCCAGAUGCGCCGAGUGCACUCGCGCAGCUACUCUUUGACUGAUGGCUAUAGCUAUAACAUACCGGAUGACGAUGAGAUCGAGAAAGUUCCAAGUCGAAAAGAGGGCUUAGCUGCUGAUGACCCAGAUGCUUUUAUCGUCAGCUGGGACGAGCAUGAUCCGAUGAAUCCGCGCCGAUUCAAUACCUUGCGAAGAUGGCUGAUCGUGGUCAUUUGCUCCCUAGGCUCGCUUUGCGUGACCUGCACGUCCUCUAUGUACACUGUCACCUACAAUCAGAUAACAGAGGAGUUCAACUGCUCUCGAUUGGUCGCGACGCUGGGAUUGUCGUUCUUCAUCUGGGGUCUUGCGGUCGGGCCACUGUUCUUGGCUCCUUUAUCUGAGUUCUAUGGUCGACGAUAUAUCUAUAUCUGCUCAUUCUCAUUCUUCUUGAUUUGGCUCAUCCCAUGUGCAGUAGCCAAGAAUAUUCAAACUAUGAUCAUCUGUCGCUUCUUCGGCGGCAUUGCUGGCAGUGCGUUCCUUAGUGUCGCCGGUGGUACCGUAGGCGAUUUGUUUGCCCGCCAUGAACUGAGCGCACCAAUGAUGCUGUACACCAGUUCUCCCUUCAUAGGUCCGGAGCUGGGCCCACUUGUUGGUGGAUUUAUCAAUCAAUAUACCACUUGGCGGUGGACGUUCUAUGUUCUUCUCAUAUGGACGGGUGCACUGUUGGCCUUGAUAUUCUUAUUUGUCCCGGAAACGUAUCAUCCUGUUCUUCUCAGGCGCAAAGCACAAAGAUUGCGCGAUGAGACAGGCGAUGAAAGGUGGCAGGCACCGAUUGAGAAACUGCAACGAUCGGUAGCACAGACAGUCUUGCGGUCCACUUACCGACCCCUCCUGCUGCUGACGAUGGAGCCGAUGUGCCUUAACCUUUGUAUAUUUUCAGCUAUUUUGUUGGGCAUCCUUUAUCUGUUCUUCGGUGCGUUCCAACUGGUCUUCCAGAACGUGUAUGGCUUUGAGCUGUGGCAGCGCGGCCUCUGCUUCCUUGGCCUCUUCGUCGGCAUGCUCAUUGCCAUCUUCACGGACCCGCUAUGGCGGCGCAACUAUGUCCGCCUGGAAGAGAACCAUGAAAAGGCAACUGGACAGUUAGAUGACUUCCAGCCUGAGUGGCGGCUCCCACCAGCGAUUGCCGGAGGUCCGCUUGUAACCAUUGGUUUGUUCAUCUUUGCCUGGACGAUCUAUCCUCAUGUGCACUGGAUCGUACCGCUCAUCGGCAGUGCAUUCUUCGGAGCUGGGACUAUUCUCGUGUACUCGGGGAUCUUCACUUUCCUGGUCGACGCGUAUCCGACGUUUGCUGCUAGUGCCCUGGCCGCGAACAGUUUCGCGCGCUCUAUCUUCGGCGGCGUCUUUCCUCUUUUCGGUAUCCAAAUGUACAACAACUUGGGCUAUCACUGGGCAACGUCACUUCUUGCUUUUCUUACGCUUGUCAUGGCACCAUUCCCAUACAUAUUUUAUCUUUAUGGCAACCGCAUUCGAAAGAAGAGCCGAUUUGCU